AUGGUGAACGAUACCGAGUUAUGGACAUUGACCUACACUCUUCUCUUUCUGGCGGUGGGAGCAUACUGUUGCUCCAUCUUUUGGAGUCAGAUUUUUGGCUACAAAUUGCCUAUAUUCGGUACCAAAUCCCCGUGGGAACCUGUGAUUAUCUCGAACUUCCGAUUCUUUCACCACGCCGAACAAGUGCUUCAACAGGGAUACAAUGAGUGCAAGAAUAGAAUCUUUCAGUUCCGCCGCGCAGAUACUGAUAUGCUGGUACUACCUCCUAAGUAUGUGGAUGAGAUUCGCAGGUUGCCUACCCAUAUCGCAAGCCCAACCUUGGCUCAUGUUCACAACUUAAUGGGUUCACGCAUCAAUAUGCAUAUCAUUUUGCGCAACAAUCUGCACUUUCGCACUCUACAAGUCAAACUGACCCCAAAUCUCAAUUCCAUAACGCUUCCUAUGCAAGAAGAAGUGAACUACGCGAUUGAGAAGGAUUUCACUAAAUCUGAAGAUGAGUGGGUGACGAUAAAGCCAUAUCACACUAUCCUUGACCUGGUGUCACGCGUCAGUGCCCGGAUAUUCCUUGGCCAGCCCCUGUGCCGCAAUCCGCAGUGGCUAGAGCUGUCGACACAAUUCACCGAAAAUGUCUUUGUCUCCCUGGUCUUCCUGCGUCUCUUCCCCAUGUGGACUCAUGGGCUUUUGACAUGGUUCAUGCCCUCAUCUUAUCGAGGAAGCGCCUAUAUUCGUCAGGCUAAGAAGCUCCUCGUCCCGGAGAUCAACCGUCGCCGCAAACUUGCGUCAGAGGGCAUUGAGGAACCCGCCGAAAACAAGCACAACCUGCUCUCUUGGAUGAUGGAGAUUGCCACACCGGAAGAGAGUGAUCCAGCCUCUCUCGCCCAUUUGGAAGUUGUACUUUCGCUGGCUGCUAUUCAUACGUCCCAAAUGAACGCUGUACAUGUGCUUUAUGACCUGCUUGUUCACCCCGAGUACCUCGAGCCCAUCCGAGACGAGAUCCGGACCACUAUACUGGAAAACGGCCCGUGGAUGACUUGGGAAAAGUCUGCCUUCUCCAAGCUCCGCAAACUGGACUCCUUCAUGCGCGAGUCCCAGCGGGUCAACCCCCCAACCCUACUGUCAAUGCAUCGGGUGUUACUUCAGGAGGUGACCCUCUCGGAUUCUACGCGUCUCCCCAAAGGCGCGCAUAUCAGUAUGGCGGUGAACGCCAUUCAGAAUGACCCGGAAGUCACCACCGACCCCGAAACCUUCGAUGGGUUCCGUUACUACAAAUUGCGCCAACGUGAAGGCGAGGCUCACUUGCACCAAUUCUCGACUACACAGGACCGAAUCUUGAACUUCGGGCACGGAGCUAAUGCAUGUCCGGGGCGUUUCUUCGCCGCUCUGGAAAUUAAAAUCAUUCUAGUCAGACUAUUGAUGGACUUCGAGUGGAAGUUGAAGGAGCCAGGCAAGCGCCCAGAGAACUUGCACGCGCAUGAAUUUAUUUUCCCCAAUCCCGACGCGGAGAUUCUGAUGCGGCGCCGUCCAGCGUCAGAAUGUCUCCAGCUGUGA